AGUCCUUACUGAAAAUAAAGGCCAUGAUAAGGGAAAAGAUCUACUUUCCCUUAUCAUUACUCCUAGUGUAAAAGUCUAUUGUACAGAAAAAAAUGGAAGUACUUAAUUUUUAUUUCCAAAUGAUUUAUAAAUACUUCCUUUGGGAAUGUAGUUUAACAGGAAAAUUUAUGUCAAAGAAAUACGUCUCCUGAUAUUUUCCAAUCUUCCUCUCUUCUUUUAAACAUCAAUUUUUGUCAGGCUUUCAGGUGUAAUAAUGUCAUUAUAAGUUCAAAAAUAUUCCUCUAUGUUGUUUUUUUUUUUUAACUAUUGCUCUGUCUCAGCUUGGCUGUCAUCUCAGGUGAGAGACAAAUGGAGACUUAGAAGAUGAAGGUCGCACCACAGGUUGCCUUCAACGGCUGCAUGGAGCCAAUCCUGGAGGCAGAGCCACCGGUGCUAAUUGUUUGAAGGAGGGAACCUACUGAAGCCUUCCUCCUCCUCAUCUCUUGCUAUUAAUCUCACUUCAUUGUUACUGCUUUGUGUGUGGCGAACCCUGUGGAAGAUAAGAGUGAUUUGAUAGCAGGAACCCAGCUGCUGCUCAAUUUGUCUUGGUGGUUUCAGAGGCAAAGCGGAAGAUGUCUAACAACAUGGCCAAGAUUGCAGAUGCAAGAAAGACAGUGGAGCAGCUGAAGCUGGAGGUCAACAUAGAGAGGAUGAUGAUAUCCAAAGCAGCAGCAGAGCUGAUGUCCUACUGUGAAUCUCACGCUAAAGAAGACCCUCUGGUGACUCCUGUCGCUUCAUCGGAGAACCCUUUCAGAGAGAAGAAGCUAUUCUGUGUCAUACUCUAACUCCUUUGUGAAAAGUCGGCAGAAUAUUUUUUUUUUUUUUUGUGCAUUACUGUUAAAUCAAUCUUUAGUGACUUUCCAGAUGCGAAUGAAUGAUCGUCAUUUCGGCAUGAUACAGUGGCAAUAAAAUUUUAUUGAAACAGA